CCGCUGUCCAGCGGCCUGAGACUUGGGUCAUUCUGCCGGGGAGCGAUGGCGUCCUAUUUUGAUGAGCACGACUGCGAGCCGGUGGGCUCCGAGCGGGACACCAGGAACAACAGGCUGCUCGAACUCGCCCGUUCACUGUUCAAUAGGAUGGAUUUCGAAGACUUGGGCUUCGUAGUAGUAGACUGGGAUCACCAACUGCCUCCGCCUGCUGCCAAGACCGUGGUUGAGAAUCUGCCCAGGACAGUCAUCAGCGCCUCUCAGGCUGAGCUCAAGUGCCCUGUGUGUCUUUUGGAAUUCGAGGAGGAGGAGACUGCCAUUGAGAUGCCUUGCCAUCAUCUCUUCCAUUCCAACUGUAUUCUUCCUUGGCUAAGCAAGACAAAUUCCUGCCCCCUAUGUCGCCAUGAGCUGCCCACGGAUGAUGAUACUUAUGAGGAGCACAGACGAGAUAAGGCUCGAAAGGAGCAGCAGAAGCACCGGCUUGAGAAUCUCCAUGGGGCCAUGUACACCUGAGGCAUCAGGAUCUGAGCACUGGUGUCCACUCCAUCAUCAUCUUGCACCUUGACCCUCAUUAAAGAUUUCUUUACCCAU